AUGCAAGACGAAACCUUGCGAUUCCCAGAUAUCGCAUUAUUAGAUCGAUCGAAAAGCUUUCAUUCAACUGCUGAAGGAAAGAUGUGGACGCGGUUAUUAAUCAAUUUAUCUUGGUGGCUUCAUGAUAUGUAUGAAAAAGAUGGAUGUGAUCCGAAUGAAAAAUUCGCCUAUGUUGAAAACAAACUUGAGCAAUGUAAAUCAUUAUUUCCGGAACGCUUUGUAUUGAUGUUCUCAAAUCCUGAAUUCUCUCCAAAUAAACAACAUCCGUUUUUGAUCUGUCGUCACGAUCAGCAUAGAACAAUUUUGUUGAUAUUUCGUGCUACAGUUUCAUCCAAAUCUAUUCAAGAUGUAUUUACUGAUCUUCGAUUGUAUUCUAAUCAUGAUGUUUAUGAGGGCGAUCGACAUGCAGGUUUUGCUAGUCGUGCCGAUUCAGGUCCAACCUUAGCAGUUGCCCAUUGGUUACAGCAAGGUUGGAAAGUGAUCAUCAGCGGACAUUCGCUUGGCGGUGCCGUUAGUCAACUAUUUACUGCUCGAGUGAUUGACUCUCUUGUAGAAAUUGGUUUAACUGUUGAUCGAGUCGUAUUAAGAUGUAUCACUUUUGGGACACCACAGUGUGCCGACCAUCAUUUCUGGUCGAAGUAUGCAGCAUGGUAUGAUAUUUUCGAUACCUAUAUUUACGAAAAUGAUGCUAUUUUUCGGUUGGUUACAUUUGGAACUGAAGCGGCAACAAGUGUUGCUAAAGCAUUUGCAAAUCAGAUCAUUAAUUACAGUAAAAAAGUUAUUCAAUACAUUGAUAAUGAUCAAUGUCGCAAUCUUGCUGAUUCUUCAUUCGAACAAAUCUGUAUUAAUGGUGUUGAUAUUCUCCUUCCAAAGUAUUAUGUAUUUGGGCGGCAUCAUUUUAUUAUGAAAGAUGAACGAGCCAAUCUCAUGAUUAAGUCUAUUGGUGAAUUGGAAGAGGACAGACAAAGACUGAUGACGGAUUUAAAAUAUGGAACUAAAGAAUGGUAUAAAUAUUUCAUCGAAAAAGAAAUGAUGUUCAGUGGUUCGUUGAAAUUCGUCUAUCGAGAUUUUGCAGAUCAUGGUUGUUAUCCAUUUGCGAUUAAUCAAUUGUUUAAUGAAGAAGCCAAUCGAAGGCUUGUCGAAUUGAAAGAAUCGCGAGAGCAGGCAACUAUUAUACCACAAGAACAGUCAGACGCUCGAGCUAUUUUAUUUUGUCGAUCGGAUAGGGCUAUUGAGUUUCUUAAAGAACAUUCGACAUUCAAUAUUGAAAUUACUACAUUCUUCAAUGUAACUGAUAUUCAAGUAACUGUUUUAUCAAAUGAAAAAAAUUCAGUACUUCAGAGAAUGGAACAUCUCGAUCCGAUAUCAACUGCAUUACUUUCUUAUCAUGAGUUAGUUUUAGAUGCGAGUUCUGGUGAUCAAUACAAUGACUCGCCAGUAGUGCGAUGUUUUUCGCAGUUUUUUGAUGCCUUCAAACAUAUUGAUUGCGACGAAAGUGAUAAGAUUAUGGCAAGAUAUUUGGCAGAAGUGCAAAGCAAGAAUUAUUCAGAAGGUACAAUGAAGCAAUGGGAAAAUUCAGAAGUGCCCACAACAGAUAUGGGGGUUUAUAUAUAUCUGAUAAAAGAAUUAAUUUCUUUGAAUACGGUAUACCUUGAUGGAAAAAAAUAUGAUUGUGCAACUCGAAAUAAAGCUGAAUACUUACUUCGAAGACUAGAUCUUACAUUGGCUUUACACUUCUGUGAAAAGGAUGACUUGACUUCGAUUCGCACUUUAGCACAGCCAGAUUUUACCGACAACUCUGCAUCUCUUCUAUCCAUCGAACUUCUAUUUUCGGACAAAAAAAUAACAAAAAUUGAAAACAAAACUCUGCUAGCACGUACAGACGAACUGAUACCUCUACAUCUCGAGUUUUCUGACCUACGAUCAUAUUUGCUAUACUUGCAUAAUUGUCGGGAAAUAGAUACUGUUCGGAUUAUCCUGAAAUGUAUAAUGGCAGUAUCUUUUUUCGUUAGAAUCAAAUUAAAUCGUUUAGUAGUCUUUGCAGAGAAAUAUUCGAUCGGCGACAAACUAAAUUGGGCGAUGAACAUGCGGCCCCUUUCGUUCUCUCUUAAAAAUUCCUGGAAGGUUGUACUUCACGGACUGGGGUAUCCUUUUAUGUUCUUAUAUGGCUUGACUCAAACUUGGCUACAUCGAGCGAGGAAAACAUUAAAUGAAAUUUCGAUUGCAUUAUUAAAAUCAGCGAAGGAAGAUGUCGAUAAAAAUAAAACAGAGUGGCAAAUUUUCAGUCAAUUAUCAGGAUGUAAACAGUUACAUCGUAUAAAAAACGUCAAAACUGAACAAGAACGCGACAUGUACUGGAAAAAGAUGUACAUCGAGGAACCAUUGAAAGAUAUGCCCGAUAAGUAUCGUUGGAAUUGGAUUGGCAUGAUGCAAAUUUGUUUACAAUUGAAUUCUAUGCAUGAAAUAUUGCUAACAAAACCACCGAAACUUGUUCUUUCUGGAAAAUCGCAAACUGGUAAAUCAACUUUAUUCCAUCACUUAACUGGUCAAAAUUUAGAAGAACUACGUAAUAUUGAUGCAUUCAACACUCGAAUGUCGCUCCAAUGUUCAGCGCUAAUUACGUUUGAUGAAAACAAUCACACGAAAUCAGAGUUAACGAUUGAUGUUGUCGAUAAUCCUGGACAAGACGAUGCUACAGAACAGGCUAGGAAUUUAUUGAAUAUUACUUUACAUACAGCUAGUCUAUUUAUCGUAGUGUCUACGUUGGAAGAUGUUAACCAAAAGCAUAAUAUUGAGUUGAUCGAUUACCUUCUACAAGAAACAUCGGUCAACAUUCUCGUUUUAAUAAAUAAAAUUGAUGUUCGGUUGUUUGAAGAAUGGAUACAAUUUAAGAAUAAAAGUCUGAUCGAUGAUACUUCGGAUCAUGAUGAUUGGGAAAAGGGUGAAGACUACGUUAGAGAUGUAACGGUUCCAGUCAAUUCAAAUUUCAAUGCAUCUGAUACAGUCGAAAAGUUGAUUAGGCGUCCAAAACAAGAAUUAAUAACUAGUUUGAUCCACGAUAAAAAAGAAAUAGAUCGUCGUCUAACCAUAAAACCUAUUAUUCUGAAACAGUUUAAAAAAGUAGAUACCUACUAUCAAGAUCUACGUAAUUUUUCUAGAAGCGAUAAAAAUUUUCUUUCUCAAGUUUCAAAAUCGAAUGUGAACAAAUGGAUAAUUGAGAAUCUUACAAGUGUGUACGACUAAGUGCCUGUUACAUUAUUAAAGCAAUCUUUCUUUAUGGAAUCAGAUCAACAGGACACAAGUAACUCGUUCUUUUUUAUUUUCAGAAAGUGAUAAAUUUGGAAAUAACGGAUUCGCCAUGAAAAAUGGUACUCUCAUUGCAGAUCAGAUACCUCUGCAAUGGUGCAUGAUAUGAACUUACUUUUUUGAUACAAAGGAACAAAAUUUCUACACAAUGCGUAUGGAUGCGGGUGUGUGGAAGUUUGAGGUGUGGGUAGGUGUGAGGUGUAGGUGUGGCUAUGGCUGUGGCUGUGGGUAUGUGAGUGUGGCUGUGACUGUGGGUGUGGGUAUCUAUUAAUGAAUACAAUCAUACCUACACCCGCACCCACACCACUGCUGGAGUGGAAACUGCCUCACUUAUAAUUCGAGUUAUAACUUUUUAGUUAUAACAGAUUAACUUUUUGGUCAGAAAGUUAAUUUAGUUAUAACUAUCAACCGUAGUUAUAACUUUCAAAUACAGUUAUCAUCAAUUUUUCUAAUUCUAUCAAAAUAAAUUUUAUAUAAAUAUUUUCAGUUGUAGAGAGCGCCAACAGUUAAACUAAACUUAAAAUUAUGUAACUCUUUUUAUUUUUUUAAAACCUUUUCAUUUAUUGAAAACAGAAAAAAAUCUUAACUAAAAGAGAGCUAUAGAUUCUGUAAAGCUUAUGAUUUAUUGAAAAUUCAAGAUAACAAUAAGAAUAAUUAACACAAUAUACAACAUGAGUAAGAAAAAAAAUAGCAUAGACAAUUAUAUUUUAUAGUUUAUUAUAUAUCCAUAGUAGCUGUUAACAGUUCUUCAACAUUAUAAUCUUCAUUUGAUACCUUUUCACUAAACUCAUCUUCCAGUAUUUAACCAUCUACAGUAAAUAAUAGUUGCGUGUCAUCAAUAAAGCCAAGAUCAAUUAAAAUCUGGGUGUGUGGGUGUGGGUGUGGGUGUGCGUUAAAACAUCGGUUGCACAGGUACGCACACUGACACCCGUACCGACACUCACCCCCACUCCCAAACCCACACCCACACGAACACUCACACCCCACACCUCAAACUUCCACA